GCCGAUGAACCAGAGGCUCAUUCCUCUCCUCUCUUUCUCUCAAGCCCGGGCGUAAUGGUAGAGCGGAGGAUGAACUCUCUGGUGAAAUGGGCGCUCAUCCUCUUCGUCCUCGUCUCCGUCAUUCUCAACAUCGUCCUGAUUGCCGUCCACUCCAACAGGGCCCCCAAAUGUUCUGCUCAGCGUGUCCACCCGCUGCGGGGCAAGCACGACGAGCGCAGCCUCGUGUUCGCUGAUCUCAGCCGCGAGGAGUACUUGCAGGUCCAGCAGUACAUGCUCAAGCAGAAAGACUUGGACAUAUCCACAAACCAGAUCACGGAGCCAUCGAAAAAUUUCCUGUUCUUAAUAGACCUCUCUCUGCCAAAGAAAGCGGACGCGUUGGCUUACUUGGAUGACAAAGGCGCCAAGCCGACGAGAGAGGCGACAGCGGUGGUCUUCCACGGCUCCCUAGGCAAGAUCAAGGAGUACGUUGUGGGGCCUCUUCCCAACCCGAAGUACCACCGAGAUGUCACCGCGGAGAGGUACAAGACGGAGCUGCCUAUCACCGCGCGCACGGUCACCAUCGGGGAAUACGUUUUGCUUUUCCAGUUUAUAGAGAAUGAGAUUUUCUCCAAGCUGGGGACGCUCUUGAAAGAGAGCUUCGGCGUGGGUGAGGACAAGAGGCUGAACGCGUUCGAGCAGAUGCCCCGCGGAGUCCGCUCCGGGGACAGAAAGACCUGGGUGUCUUUCCUCAGGGAUAUGAGCGGCAUGUAUAUCCACCCGGUGGGCUUCGAGGUGCUGGUCAACCACGAGAACUUAAACGCGUCCAACUGGAAGGUGGAGCGGCUGAUGUAUAACGGCCGAUACUUCGACACGGUGGAAGAACUUCGACGGGAAUAUGAAAGUGGCUCCGUUAAGAAAAUCGUUUACGAAGAGUCCACUGAUUACGGUUCUCUGAAACCCAGGAACAAGCCUCUGCAGAUCGGACCGCAGCUGUUUUACGCAGAGGGGAAGCGCUACAGCGUGAGCAACAACCAGGUCCUGUACAUGGACUGGAGCUUCGCCUUCGGGCUGAGCUCUCUCACGGGCAUGAGGGUGUUUGACGUGCGCUUCAAGAACGAGAGGAUAGCCUACGAGCUGAGCGUGCAGGAGGCCAUGUCGGUGUACGGUUCACUGACACCGGGGAUGAUCCUCACCAAGUUUCUGGAUUCGAGCAUCGGGAUAGGGCGCUUCGCGCACGAACUGGCCCGUGGUGUGGAUUGCCCCCACGAAGCCACGUACGUGGACACAUACCGCUACAUCGACGUCCCCGGCCCGAUCAGAUUCAGGAACUCAAUCUGCAUCUUUGAGCACAACAUGGGACAGCCCCUGCGAAGGCACUUCUCAGACUUUUUCCACAACAGCUACGGAGGGAUGGUGAACAGCGCCUUGGUGUUCAGAACCAUCACAGCUAUAGGAAACUACGACUACAUGUGGGAUUUUAUCUUCUACCAGAGCGGAUCGGUGGAGGCCAAGGUGCACGCCACCGGCUACAUCUCUUCUUCUUAUCUGGUGGAGGGGAACCUGAAGUACGGACACCAGGUGGCGGACAAGGUCCUGGGGAACAUCCACACCCACUUCAUCAACUUUAAAGUGGACUUGGAUGUAUUGGGAGUGAAGAACGUAUUCCAGACCAAAGACAUGGAGUAUGUUAACGUGUCGUUGCCGUGGAUGCCUGAUCACUAUGCUAUGAUCCCACAGCUGGUGGAGAAACAACUCAAAACAGAGCAGGAGGCAGCCUUGCGUUACAACACCAAAACUCCUCGCUACCUCCACAUCGCCAGCAACAAGACCAACCGCUGGGGUCACCAGCGCUCUUACAGGCUUCAGGUGUUCAGCUUCACAGGGGACCACCUCCCAGAGAGCCAGGCUGAGGAGAGGGCCAUGUCCUGGGCCAGGUAUAAGGUUGCCAUCACCAAGCACAAGGACCUAGAGCGGACCAGCAGCAGUCUGUACAGUCAAAACAACAUCUGGACUCCAGCUGUCGACUUCAGCAAGUACAUUGAAGACAACGAAACCAUUGAAAACGAGGACCUGGUUGCCUGGGUUACCACUGGUUUCCUCCACAUCCCUCACGCUGAGGACAUCCCCAACACGGUCACCGUGGGUAAUGGGGGCGGGGUCCUGCUGCGGCCCCAUAACUACUUCGAUGAGGAUCCAUCCAUCCACUCUGCUGAUGGGGUGUACUUUGCCCCGGGCAGUGAGGACAGCUGUGAAAACAACAGGAUAGCCUGCCUCGCUCAAGAGGCCUGCAGCCCUGUGCUGGAGCCCUUCACCUUCUAUGGCUUUGGUGGAGUCAUGAGGUUUGAGGAGUGGGUCUGAUUUAUUGAUCACUGGUAGGUAAUAGCUUCCAAGCCCUAGUGAUUUCAGAGAUGGGGCUUGAGGUGAUUUACCAAAUCUUUCAAGAAGUUCGUGUCAAUUUUACCGCGUUUAUAGAGGCAGGGUGGGAUGGCAGAUUAUUUGUGCUGCAUGGGUUUUAAAGCUGCACCAGGCAAGAAGUUGAGCGAAAGAAGCUUUGGCUGUCAAACAGCAACAUUUUAGAAAAAAAAAAAAGCAUUUUACUGUAUCAUUUCCAACUUAUCCAUAUUUGCCUCCUGUUUGUCUUACAGGCUGGAUUUUUCUGAUGGGACAUUUUUUUGCAUUUGGCUCUGAAAUUUUACCGUGUCUUGCAGUGUCCACCAAAGCACCAGGAAUGAGAUUAUACAAAACCAAGCCUACCUGCAUCUUCAUUAUAAUAACAACAUCACAGGCAAAAAUAAAGCAGACUGUUUACUGUGAUAGAUUAACUAUCUCACCCAAGCUUAAAAAUCCCUGUAUGGUUAAGUUCAUACUGUGUUAUAGCAAACAUCUUCAACAGGACCCUGGGCAAAACCAAGCUAUGGGCCCCCUUAGACAACCCCAGCACCCCUUCACCAGUUCUAUGACUUCUUUAAAUGCAGGUUUACUUAAGAAUUACCAUGUGAAUUUAGCACCAACUGCAAGACUAGGAAACAAUGCAGGAGCUAACUUACAGCACUUACAUUUUUUUUGUUUCUUUUCUUUAUAUUGUGCUUUCUAUGGGCGUAUUAAUCAGAUUAUCUCAAAAUAAUUGCCACACCGUGGGGCCUCUCAGGUUGUCCAAUUGGUAAUCCAGCCUUGACUAACACAUAACUCUGCCUAUAAGGUAGAGGAUCAAUCUAAAAGUUUAUGGUAUGAUUUCAAUCAUAUAUUUCUAAUCUUUUCUAAACUGAGAAAAGUAAAAACUACAUUUCACAACAUGUCAAAGUUAUAUUUAAAAGCUUCAGCAUUUACUUAUUCACUUUGACAACUUGUGUGUAUCUGAAUGACUUUGGUGAUUCUCGGAUUUUCCAUCUAGUGCCAUCAUCAGGUCAAACUUUUAUCUUGCUCUGUACUUUGGUUUAUGACCACACACUUUGUACUAUAUCUGUAGCAUGCUAAUGUCAGGAAAUACUAGCAUUUGAUUUUAAUAUUAACAUGCUAACACGCAAAACUAAGAUGGUGACAUAAUUAACAUUACCUCCCUAUGCACCAACCAUGUUAGCAUUGUUGUUAUGAACACGUUAGCUCGAAACACCACUGUGCCUAAAUACAGCCUCACCGAGCUGCUAGCCUGGCUGUAACACUGCUUUUCGGGCGGUAUCAGCAAAGUCACAAACCAUAGUGAUUUAGCUUGUUUUCUUAUUGUUUGUUCAAUUUGAUGAUAAUGUGAAUGUGUCGUUUUUAGAAUAAAAACACAAAGUUGUUGUUAUUAGGUUAAGAAGAAUAAAGGUAAUGCUAAUGGAAAAUGUACUACUUUACGUACACUUUACAAGACUAUGAACUACAAGUUGAUGUCUUGUCAGCAGUAAUUAUUGCCUGGGAUUCUUUGUUCAUUUUUUUUUUUUUUUUUCCAGAAUCUCGUGAUUACAUCCUCAGAAAUGUGGAGCUAUAGUUUGAGAUUUUGCAAGCAAAGAGGUGAUCAUCAUCAUUAUCUUGAUUUCAGUAAUGUUUGCAAUUAUUCUUGCUUAUAUGUUAGCAAUCUCUUUUUUAGCAUGAAUUCAGAAUGUAUCCAAAGACCACGGCAAAAUACACAAUUUUCACUCUCUGGGUUUCUUACUGGUGAACCGCUGUGAUAUAAACUGCAAUAUGUAUACAUUGUAAACUGACGCUGUAAAGUCAGGUGUGUGUAAAUAAGCACUGUACCAUCCACUUCAAAGCUCGAGGCUGUGACUACUGAACAACUGAAUGAUGUUUGAUUCAUUUUGUAUAUUUUUUUCCUACAGUGCCACGGUCUGAAGAAUUGAGUUACUGUUGUUUCUUCCUCUCUAAAUAAAAGAAGAGAUUAUUUGUGUAA